CAAUAUUCAAGUUUUUAGCAAUCAAUUACAAGUGAGUUUGUGUGAGUUCCUUUGUGAACGUUUUUGCUUAAUCUCUCCUUUGAGGAUUCGGGAGAAUUGAGUGGUCUCUUAUCAACUAGAGAACGCGUCUAGUUGUGGCGAGCAUUGACUAUAUCGAUUGGCCUUAUCCAUGGGUUCGAGAUUGUUUGAUUGGUUUCAUAUACCAAUUUACCCUUCUCACGAGUUCGGGUCUGUCUGAUCGAUUUUCGCGAAUAUCGUUUAUUUUCGUGUUAUUGAAGAAGAAGAAAACCAUAAAAAGUUCGAUGUUGUGCAACUCUGGUGUUUUGGUUCAAGUUUGGGUGGAUUCUCGAAUUAGGAUCAUAUCAAGUGGUAUCAGAGCCUGGUUAUUCUUCAAGGAUUAAAAGGGGAAUAAUGCGCCAGCAAUGGUAAUCCAACCCGAAACUCUUUUCACGAUAGGGAUUCCAAAUCCAAAGCAAGAUCUCGAGCAAAGUGAGAAUAAAUUUCAAAAAAAGAUGCUUAGGGAUGGUAAGCUACUAUCAGUUAUGAUUAAUGGAGAGAGUUGCACUAAUCUGGUGAGUGAAUAUUCGCUGAAGAAAUUGGGGUUAAACACAUUGGAACAUCCGAAACCCUACACCCUUCAAUGGCUUAAUCAAGAUGGAUCAAUUGAGGUCACCAAGCAAGCCAUAUUGAAGUUUGAGGUUGGAAGCUAUAAAGAUGAAGUCCUUUGUGAUGUGGUGCCAAUGGAAGAGGCUCAUGUUUUGCUUGGAAGACCAUGCCAGUUUGAUCGAAAUGGACAACAUGAUAGAGUCACCAACAAGUACAAGUGGUCGCAUAGAGGUCAGAAGUUUGUAUCAAAGCCUUUAUCUCCCAAAGAAAUCUAUGAGGAUCAACUUCAAAUGCAACAGAAUUUGAAGAAGGAGAAAGAGUUUCAAGCCAGAGUAGAAAAGGAAGUCAAAGAAGAAGUGCAAGAGAGAGAAGAGGUUCUUGUUGAUGGACUUGCUAUAGACACUUGUGAAGAGGAUUCACAAGCUUUGAUUUCAUCUAAAAAGAACAAGAACUUGAGGUAGAAGAAUUACAAGAGGCAGAAGAAGUAAAAGGAGAUAUUCUUAUUGAUGUUCCAGAUUUGAAUGCACAAGAAGUUAAAAAAUACAUUGAGGAAACAAAAAUCAAUGGAGGAGAUGAAUGCACGAAAAUUCUGGGGGAUUCAUCAAUUGUUCCAUAAUAUGAUCAUAUUGAUUUCGUGGUUGGCGAUGCAAUUUUCGAAGAGGGAGCACACAUGGAAAAACGACGAGAAUUGCAUAGUUAUGUGGAAGUUGUUCAUCAAAAUGGAGUCUUUACAAUUCAUGGUCAAAUUGUCUUUAAGAAGGGGGGAAUAUUACGAUCCUAACUACCAAGACAAUUUUAUUGGAAGACCAAGAAGAAUGGAGUUGAUCGGAAAUCAAGAUUCUGUAAAGAUUCGAGGUCGAAUCUUCUUCAAGAGAGAGGGAAUGAUGCGAUAUCGACUAGCGCGAUAUUUAAUCCCGUGGUCCAAAAAUGAAGAUUCAUAUUCGACGAUUUAAGGAUCAACUGGGAGCAUUCUUGAUGGAUAAAAUGGAGAAUGCAUUAAGUAUCGGGCCUACAACAUUUCUUGAAGCCCAAAACGUCCAUCCUUGCUGCCCAAGUCGUCCAAAUUUGAAAAGGACAAGGAAAGAGAUUGCUUAACCAGUAAGGAGCUUUCUUAAGCAUUAAAAACGUGUUUGUAGAUUACUUAGCAAUUAAGGAGCUUCCUUUCGUCAUAAAAAUGAAUUAUAGUCCUUAUUUAAGUAGUAUUAUGUUUCCUAGUUAGUUUGGGAUUUAUUUUCCUAUUCCUUUUAGGUUAGUUUUACGUUUUUGAGACCUCUAUAAAUAGAGGAUGUAAGACCUACGAAUUUUGUACUAAUAUUCAAGUUUUCAACAACUAAUUACAAGUGAGUUUGUGUGAGUUUCUUUGUGAACGUUUUUGCUUAAUCUCUCCUUUGAGGAUUCGGGAGAAUUGAGUGGUCUCUUAUCAACUAGAGAACGCGUCUAGUUGUAACGAGCAUCGACUAUAUCGAUUGACCUUAUCCACGAGUUCGAGAUUGUUUGAUUGGUUUCAUAUACCAAUUGGCCCUUCUCACGAGUUCGGAUCUGUUUGAUCGAUUUCCGCCACUAUACUUUAUUUUCGUGUUAUUGAAGAAGAAGAAAACCAUAAAAAGUUCGACGUUGUGCAACUCUGGUAUUUUGGUCCAAGUUUGAGUGGAUUCUCGAAUUAGAAUCAUAUCAAGUAACCCUUGGAACCCCCCUAGAUGCCUCGCUGUUGGCUUUGGACUUUUCUUCUGUUUUGCGCUUUUUGACCUCCAAUCGUCCCGAAACUCGUCCUCGACCCUUCCACACGUGCUAGGACCUGAAAUGUAUCAAAACAAGCACAACCUAGAGUGAAAUAUGUCGAGUAACGAUGAAAUGCAAAGUCAAACUAUCAAGAAAUGAGGGAAAAAUGUGUACAAUUGGACCCGAAUCACUCCCCCCCCCCCCCCCCCCCCCCCCCGCCACUUGAACGUUUGCUUGUCCCCAAGCAAACCAAGUACAAACCAAGGUAAGCUUGCAACUUCUCUUUUUCAAGAAAAUUUUUUGAGGCAUGUUAUAGGGCACAAAACGAAUGAAUCACAAUGGUUAUUUGUCACCGACCUAUGGACAAAAACAAAGUAAUCUUUGCAAC